GGAGGCCAUGAUGGAGGAGCACCAGCCUCUUAUAUCACAAGAAAAUCCCAGUAAGAAUUCAGAGGGAAACCUCAUGUUAUCACUAAAUUAUAAAGCAGAAGAUGAACAUAUCAUGCAGUACUCUUCAGGAGAAAAUGUACAUCCAGGACUUCACAGUACAGAUCUAUCAUGUAAUCUCCCUAAUCAUAAUCAUGAGGGACCUUCUCCUGACCAAUCACGGACUGUUACAAGUACAGGUCAGAAAGGGGGUAAAAGGUUUCACUGUGAUAAAUCAUUCCCAAAGAGAUCAAGACUUCACACAGGAGAAAAACCUCACACGUGUUCAGAAUGUGGGAAAUGUUUUACAGACAAAUCAAGUCUUGCUUUCCAUGAGAGAGUUCACACAGGAGUGAAGCCAUAUUCAUGUCCAGAAUGUGGGAAAUGUUUUACAGAAAAACAAUGUCUUGUUAGACAUGUGAGAAUUCACACAGGAGAGAAGCCGUAUUUAUGUUCAGAAUGUGGGAAAUGUUUUACAGUUAAAUCAACUCUUGUUUUACAUGAGAGAGUUCACACAGGGGAGAAGCCAUAUUCAUGUUCAGAAUGUGGGAAAUGUUUUACACACAAAUCACAUCUUGUUAGACAUGAGAGAAUUCACACAGGAGAGAAGCCAUAUUCAUGUUCAAAAUGUGAGAAAUGUUUUACACAGAAAUCAAUUCUUGUUUGCCAUGAGAGAAGUCACACAGGAGAGAAGCCAUAUUCAUGUUCAAAAUGUGGGCAAUGUUUUACACAGAAAUCAAUUCUUAUUUGCCAUGAGAGAAUUCACACAGGAGAGAAGCCGUAUUCAUGUUCAGAAUGUGGGAAAUGUUUUUUGAAAAAAUCAAGUCUUGUUAACCAUGAGAAACUUCACACAGGAGAGAAACUAUAUUCAUGUUCAGAAUGUGGGAAAUGUUUUACAGAUAAAUCACACCUUGUUAGACAUGAGAGAAUUCACACAGGAGUGAAACCAUAUUCAUGUUUAGAAUGUGGGAAAUGUUUUACACGGAAAUCGCACCUUGAAAGACAUGAAAGAAUGCAUAGAGGAGAGAAGCCGUUUUUAUGUUUAGAAUGUGGGAAACGUUUUACACAAAAGCCAAGUCUUGUUGCACAUCAGAGAAGUCACACACGAGAGAAGUAGAGAAGAGAAAAUUACUUGAAAUACUGUAUGUUUUAAUUAGGGUUUAAAUCAAUUCAACCCAAAUGGAAAGUGCUAAGAUUGCGUAUUCACAAAAUACAUAAGACAUGAUUAAACGUUUGCGCAUCCGCCAGAAUGGUGGACACAUCACACACAUCAUGUAAAGACUUUUUAGGAAACCUUGAACUCGCUUAUAUAUAGAUAUAUAUCACAAACAAGAUCACAAACUGACACUUCCAGUGUGUUUUAGUAAAUCUAGCCAAGGUUGACAUAGCACAUGACCUCCUUCCCAAUGAAAAAGUCUGAGCUGAAUUCAAUAUGCUAAAUUUCAAAAUGGUGGUCGAACACCAAAUAACGCAGCCUCUCUACCAAUUAAUACUUUUAUAGAUUGGAAGUCAAUUUUCUAUAAAUUGCACCAGUGAAAACUUUGUGUCCAGACUAUUGCCUUACCCUGUACUUUUUAAAAUAAAAAUGGUCCAAAAAUAAUCCCUUUUGGGGGGGAGAGUGUUUGGCGGUGUUUAUACACACAUGGUGGUGUCAGAAGAAGCAAUGGCUUGUUUUGAACAAACAUUCCAAAACAUCUCCCU